AUGUCUGUCAUGUGUUGUACUUGAAAUAAAUAAGCUACAUCAUGGUCCUUCAAGAAUUAUUAGAGAUCAAAGACCUUACAUUGAUUAUUCGAGCGCUCUUAGAUAACAGCUGCUCUUUGUACAGUCUUGGCGAAUCUUAUGGUUUGUUAUAAACGGCUGCGUGGGUUGAGUGUAAUAUGUCAUUUAUGAAAAUGGAAAUCAUUAAAAAAGCAUACUUUGGUGGCUGUCACUGUGGAGCGGUUCGAUUCCAAUGUUGGGCACCAGAAACAUUACUGGUUCUUGAAUGCAAUUGCAGUAUUUGCUUUGUGAAACACAAUACUCAUUUUAUUGUACAUGAAUCAAAUAUGGAAAUACUCAAGGGAGAAGAAAACUUGACCACAUAUCGAUUCAACACCAUGACAGCAAAACAUAUGUUCUGUAAAAUUUGCGGAGUACAGAGUUUCUAUGUGCCUCGUUCAAACCAAGAUUCUUACGGCAUCAAUCCUCGCUGUUUGGAUUCUUAUGAGUCUUUAUCAAUGACAACUGAAUAUUUUGAUGGCAGACAUUGGGAAACGUCCUUUACCGAGAAGGCCCCACAGUCAUUUAAGUAACAAACUAUGCUUACCUAACCUUUAAGCUUUCAGAUUAUUGUCAAAUGUAAUGCUUAUUUAUCCACAUUUAUUUUGAAUUAAUUAUGUAUUAUCUUUUAAGAUAAGAUUUUGAUGAUCUGAUUGUAUAUUUCUAGAAUGACAUUGUAGGGUAGGUGUGAGAGGCUAGAUGUGGCCAGUUAAACCCUUUAGCAUUCAGAUUACUCUGUCAAAUGCAAUGCUUAUUUAUUCACUUUGCUUUGAACUAAUCACGCAUUAUCUUGUAGCUUGGAGAUUUCAACGAUGUGACUGCUUAUUUUUAAAAUGACAUUGUAGGGUAGGGAUGAGAGGCCAGAUAUGGCCAGUAAAAACCUUUUAACAUUUAGAUUAUUGUAUCAAAUGUAAUGGUUAUUUAUUCAGUUCAUUUUGAAUUAUUCAUGCAAUAUCUUGUGGCUUGAAGAUUUCAAAGGAUGUGAUUGUAUAUUUCUAGAAUGACAUUGUAGGAUGGUGAGAAGCUUAACCUAAAACAUGUAGAAUAUUUGGGCUGGAUAUGGCCAGAUUAAAUACUAAAGAGUUAAGCUCUUAUCGAAAUAACUUUUGCUGAUUUGAGAAAAAUAUGUUUGGAAACAUAUCCUUUAUACAGAAACUGUUCAGAUAAAAACAAUAUAUAUAUAUAUAUAUAUAUAUAUAUAUA